AUGCUAAUGGGUACUGUCGGUUGUGGAAUAAAUUUAAUCGUAUUCACUCGAAAAAAUCUACGAAAAAAUCCAUGUUCAAUCUAUUUCAUUGCAUAUAAUGUUGCUAAUUUAGGAUUCAUUUAUGCUUUGUUAUUAUCAGCAACCAUGGAAGAAGGAUAUAACAUUGAUGUUAGUAUACAGAGUCUGAUCAUUUGCCGUCUACGUCUAUAUACUGGUAUUUUAUUCGAUGUUCUCAGCCCAUUUUAUUUGAUUUUGGCUUCAAUCGAUCGAAUACUGGUCACUUCACAGGAUGCACUCGUUAGACAAAAAAGUACGCGACGUCUCGCUCUUUUAAGUGUGAUAGGUGGGACAUUAUUUUGGACAUUAUUUCAAAGUCAUGCAUUAGUAUUAACAAAUAUUAUCCAACUUGGUCCUAAUCUAUUUGUUUGUUAUUUUCAACCGGGUGUUUAUUUGGAUUUCUUCACUUUUUAUGCGAUUCUGAAACAGUUUGUAUUCUUCUCACUAAUGAUUAUAUGUGGAAUAUGGUCGAUCAAAAAUAUUCGAAAUCUACAACGUAUUCGGAUUGCUCCUGAUUUAUCUGUCAGUCGAACUGUUGUUGAAAAUAGCUCACAAGCUACUGCAAAGAAAGAUCGUCAAAUGAUUCUCAUGUUACUCAUAGAUAUCAUUAUUUCUGCACUAUUCAGUUUUGUUUAUGCGAUCUAUCUGUUAUAUUUACAAAUAACACAAAACUACAAUAAAACGACUGACCGCACGGAAAUUGAAGAUCGUAUUGGAUAUUUAUGUCUAUUUUGUAUUGGUAUACCAUAUUGUGUUAGUUGUUAUGCAAACUUAAUUGUUUCGAAAACGUUUCGAAACGAAGUUAAGAAAGUAUUUCUAUGCGGAUAA